GAUCCUUUUCCAACGGGGCCGAGCCCGUGGGCCCGACCCACUCCGACCGGCCCAGCACCCGGCCUGCCAAGCCCAUCGGGCCCGUUGCCACGGCUCCCAUGCCGAGCCGGCCAUGGCGCCGCCGCCUCAGGCCUCCUGGGCGUGCGUGCCCAGCGCGCCAGCGCCCCCUGCGCCAUAUAAAGGGCGAGAGCCCCGAGCCCUUGCGUCCCUCUGCUACUCCUUGCGCCGCCGCCUCGCGCCGUCCUUCCCUCGCGCAGCGCCGCCACCCGCCGUCCGCUGGAGACCGAGCCGACGCCGCUCCUUGGCCGCGCCGGUCCACCGCGCCUGGGCGUCGCCGGACGAAGGUGCCGCCACCACGUGCAUCCCCUCGCCGAGCCGAACCCGUUUCACCGUUCCUCGUCGCCGUCUUGACGCCGGAGCGCCGCCGCCGCGGAGGAGUUCGAGCCGGCCGCCGCCAGCUCCUCUGUCCGCCCGAUUUCCGGCCGGCUCCGUGUCUUCAACCCCGAAGGAUCGCUGUUCGGAAGUUUUGAAGAGUAAGAGUUUCAAGAAAGCAAGAAGCUGAAGAGCAGUAAGAGUAACUUUUACUGAGAGGUGCCAGCUCGCUCCUGAUGGCUAGGGUUUCCUAAUGCCGCCCCCACUAUCGCCCCGUCCUCUUCCUGCUGCCGGCGCGGCGAAGAAGGCGUCGUCGAGGAUCUCCAAGGCCGGCGCCCCCGUCUACCUCGCCGCUGUCCUCGAGUACCUCAUCGCCGAGGUCUGAAUUCAAUGGCGUACAGGGUACGGGAGACGGUCGAUUUGUUCGGCCGACGUUCGCAGGUCGUGUCCCGAGACAAUGGAGGAGCUUCAUCCUUGACAACCAUCAUGAACUACUUUCUCCUUACCGAUCCAUGCGUCACUAUGGCUCCAACACUAUCUGGGAACAAUAUUGCUAUCUAUAUGAAGCAAUUUAUCACAGGACAAAUUAUAAGUGAAAUGAAAUCUUUGCCAGCGGAUAGAGAGAAUUUGGACCUUGCGACAGACCUUUUUAACAUUGUAAAAUGUGCCCCUGAGGAUAUUCGUCUUAACCCCAUGCUUUCAAGCAUAGCGGAGUUUGAAAAGACAACAUCAUAUGAAAUUUUCAGCAAAUUGAAGAUUCCAUUGUUUCAUUUAUGGUCCUUCAGCAAAAAGGAUGCUGAUAGAUUGGCUGCAACUGGUCCAUGGACUUGCAAUGGAGUUAAGGUUGGCGUCAAGAAAUAUAAGCAGACUAAGGAUAAAGUUCCAUCAAAUGUGGAAUUGACCAGAAGCCAUGCCGACUCAACUAAACUGAGUCGACGAGGAGAUAUUGAGGAGGCUGAACAGCUUAAGCAGGCCCUUAUCACGUCAGAACAGCAAAUGGUCUCUGUACAAGAUCAUGCUGAGUCUUCCACUUUGAUGACUGAAACUGAGUGGGAAUACCUAAGUACUAUUCUGGACAGGAUGGGUGGACUGGGAAGGGCAUUGAGUGCUCAUAGCUUGUCAUCGUUACGGCAAAGUCUUGAAGAGAACACUGUUGCAACUUUAUAUAGGAAUGAUGAAUUUUUUACUAUUUGUAAGCAUAAAGGAUCAAUCUUUAUGUUAGUUGAUGAUGAAGAUGUACUUGUGACCCACCCUGAGGCAGUAUGGAAAAUACUGGGCAUUGGCGAUCAAAAAGAAGUUUUUGUAGAUGGAAAAUUUGCUCCAGUCAACGGAGAUGUUGUGGUGCACAGGUGUUCAAGCAGCAACUGUACUCUUGAAUUCCACUCCGAGAUCAACUACAAAAGACACCACUACAUUCAUUUGCCAGCUUCAAAAGUUGGACAGGGUUCAAGUUUGAAUCAGGAUGAUCUGCAGAUGAUAUGGGAUGAAAUCCUACCUGAAGAUGCUCUAAGUGUAUUGCACCUUGGUAAAUCAUUUGUCAAGGAGUUGUUUGGGUCAUCUUUUGAAGAAAUAAUGGGUGCAUUUAUAGUGAGUCCUGGUUAUCGUUUAGCAUCACCUGAUGUAAUCAAAGUUAUUAAGAAUAUUAAGCGUAUAUUUAGGGGCAUUGGAAAGCCUUCCUUCGAGGAGCUUUUGCACAUCCUAGACAUUGCAAGUGAGAGCACCUUCAUGUGCAGUGAUGUACUUUGUCACAAAGAACUGUUUGAAGAAGUGAUGCCUCGAAGUGAUUGUAUCCUGCGGAACGCGCUGGCGUGUUUUAGUCUAAGAAUUGAACAGGCAUUGGCCCAAAGGUGUCUCAUUCAAAUGGCCAGAGAAGUGGAUAAACGGGCGGACAAACUUUUGGAGGAAGAGCAAAGCGAAGAAAUUAUAGCAAGUAAUGAUGAUAACAGAGAUAAAAAAGAUAAAAAUGUCAUAGAAGACAUUGAGAUCAGGGUUGAAAGUACCAUAGCAUCAGAUACUUCAGCAAACUCUGAUGAGCUAGGUCUGCCAGUUGAAGUGGAUGCUCGUGACCUGAACAUUCAGAUCAGGGAUGAAGAUACCGUAAUAUCUACUUCAGCAAACUCUCAUGUAGAUCUGCCAGAACUGGAUGUUUGUGAAAAGACUGAACAUAAGCUAUUUCCAUCAGAUAUUUUGCAUUGGCCUCAGCUUCAAGGAGAAGAAUACUUCCCAACUUUUGCUGCCAGAAGCCCUUUGGUGACUACAUACACUCUUUUGUCUAGUAAAAACUCAGUAGCUUUGACUCGCAUUGGUAGGAAAGCUGCAAAACGGCUGUUAAGGUUCAUCCUUAAAGUCCACAAGAGUGGUAAAUGUUGGAAUGGGGAAUGGACUGUUGGUGCCAUUCGGGUUCGAGCUCAUGAAUGCAUCAUUGCUAAGGAGGCUGAAGUAAAAGCAAGUAAACAAGGAAUCAUUGCUGACCUUCAAAGAUUCAUUGAAAUAUUGGCCCCAUACUACAGCCAUGAAGAAGUUGAAGGCUCCCCAGCAUUUUUUCAUGAAUUUCAUGUUGAUGCCAUGGCUGCUCCAGAGCCAGAGUCAGAAAAUUUCGCUUUAUUUCAGAAGUACAUGAGAAAUCAUCUAGCAUUGAUGGGACCUUUAGAUAGACAUGACCUUUAUUUUGGCCUCUUCAUGGUGUGUGACAUGCUGCGUGAUAAGGAUGAUCGUGGAUAUAAGCCACUUUAUGGAAAAAAGGAUGCUCCAGAAUGGCGAUCAAAUGCCAAAAAGUUUCACCCCUAUCAUUCAGUGUAUUAUCAUGAUGUUUCCGAGGAAGAUAAGAAUAACCCAGAUUAUCAACCAUAUUGGAAUAAUUAUUGGGAGUUACUUAGAUUCCUAAGAAAUUAUGGGAGAAAUGCUCAUAAUCACACCAGGAUUGAUGGGGUUCAACAAGUGACGGAGGUUGCUGUGUUUGAUUUAAUGUUGUCAGAAGAUUUUGGAAUGUACAUAACAAAAUUGAUCCUUUUCCUGAUGUACGAAUGCAAGAUGGAAGGAUCAUUCUUCAGCACAUGGGAUUCAUAUGUAACUUCAGAUGGUCAGACCGAUGAUGAUGAUAAUGAAUAGAAUGGAGGGAAUGGAGUUAAUUGACAGAAUUUGACCGCUAACAUUUUGAUCAUUAGACUAUGUUGUGUACGUUGUAAUGCAUUUUCAGCCUAUUGCUCCCUUGUUAUCUAAUGCCAGUCUUUUUUGGUGCUAGUACAGCUAUGACCCUUGCUUGCUCUGAUAGUGAGGUGACACUCUGCUUAGAUGGACAACCAGAUAGUUUGUGCAUUGUACUCAACUUUCGUUGUCAUACUUGCCUGACAAGUCUAGCAUUGUAGUAUGACUUGAAAUGUAGUUCUUCGAACAUCAGGAGACGAGCUGUUCUGUUGUCUUAGGUCUGUUCCAGUAAAAGCUAGCUUUGGAGCUAAUUCUGCGAGGAAUUUUGGAUGACUUGAGCAGUUCGGUGAUUUUGCUUUUGUUCAUUCUGUAAUGCUGGUGAAACUAGCAUGUUUGCAAGCCUAUCCGGAGUUACUUUUUCAUGUCGAGUGAAAUGUUGCUUGUCUUAUUCUGAUCC